CCACACAUCGAUCGCCAUGGCUUCCCUCGCCAUCCUCCUCCUCUUGGCGCGCUUCUCCAGCUCCAUAGCCGUCUCCUCCAAUUCCUACAUCUCGAGGAGCAUCGAGCAGCAGGUCAUCGCCACCGUGGCGCCGGCCGUUGUUCCUGACGUCGACGGCCAGAGCGCGCAGCCGUUCCUCACCUCGCCCUCUGGGUCGUUCGCCGCCUACCUCCGCCGUGCAGUGGACAGCGCCGGCGGCCUCGGCGGCGACGCGUGCUAUGUCCAAGUCCAGCAGGCUGGCGCCGGCGGCAGCGUGUGGGAGUCGGACUGCACCCCGGUGGGUGGCGCCGACGAGUGCGACCUGGCGUUCUCGCCGGUCGGGCUCGAGCUCUUCGCGGGCGGGCACUCGUUGUGGGACACCGGGGUCGACGCCGCCGACCCUUGGACGCUGAGCCUUGACGACGGUGGCGACAUGAAGAUCAUUAGCAAGGAAGGUGUGGCAGUGUGGACGGCAAGCGGCGAGCCCUGGACGGGGCAGCAGUGCGGGGCACCCUUGCCGGUGUCCCCGGCACCUUCGACGGACAGCGUGCUCCCACCGCCGUCGACUGCCGGUUCGAAACUCGUGACGCCGCCGUCAGCGACUCUUGCCGGUGCAGGGACGAGCACGGACUUUUCUUCCGGAGACCAACCAGCGCCGCCACCCGCCGACACGUUGCCGGGCAUGCCGGUUCAGCCGCCAGUUGACACGGCGCCCGAGCAGCCACUGGCACCGCCGCCAGAAGACGCGUCACCUGACUUGCCGGACCUGCCUACUCUGCCACCGCCGCCGGCGCCGGACCAGCCGCUGCCGCCACCCCCACUAGCCGACGUGUCGCCGGACCAGCCGCUGUACCCGUCGCCGCCUCCCGCUCCGGCUACCUUUGGCCCUGACACGCCAGUAGCGCCCCCUUUCGGCGUCCCACUCGCCACCCCUCCGCCCGGCGCCGGCGACGACUCAUCACUCCCAGGCAUCGCCACGCCGCCUGGCGAACCAGGCUCACCAGGCGGCGGGCCCUUCUCGGGACCAUCCCCUGCCGGCAUGCCGCACCCGCACGGGCCGGCGCAUCCGCACCGGCUGCCCAUCGGAGCCUCGCCGCCGCUGCCGGACGCGCUGGCGCCGGGCGCGCACGGCGCGGGAGCCGGGAAGCAGGCCGGGGUCCCCUUCGGCCACGGGCAGCAGCCAGAGGGGCAAGGCGUGUUCGGCCAGCAGCCGCAGCUGCUCAACGGCGAGGGGCAGCCGUUGGAGGAGAGCUCCGGCGGGUGGUCGGGAAGCGAGCGUGGCGGAGUGGCCGCGGCCUUGUUCGCUGUGAUGGCGACGACGGCGUUGGGCUUUGGGUUUUAGUUGGUUGUCCCUCUCAUCGUUCUGGGGGCUUGGAAGGUCAUUUCUGUAGUGUUGCUCUCGGAUUGGUGAUGGUCUGAUCUGAGGCUAUGGUUUGUUUUGUGGAUUGGGGUAACAAAUUCUGUGUAAAACAUGGUACCGUAUGCUGCCUGAUUUAGGAUAGUAUAUGAUCCACCGGCCGUCUGUAUGCUGCUUCUUUUUGUGUAUCAUCUUGUAUAACUGUCAAAUUUAGCAUGAUUCAUGAAACUAAACUACAGGUGUGGUGGUACUAAAA